UAGAAGGGGAGGCUUGAUGCAAGAUAAAGUUGUUGCUUUGUGAUCAAAAGGUUACAAGUUCGAAUCUUAAAAUUUCAGUACCAUACUUCACGCUGCCUCAUCGAUUCAGGUUUCGAUCGCCUGCCUCCUCUUCGCUCCAUCUCCUCCACGGAUCGAACUCAUCGGCUGUCUUAAAUUUCAUAGGAGAUGUGCGGAAUUGCUCUCCUUGUUUCAGGAAUCGAUAUCGUCGGGUGUGAUCUCUGCAGGGAAUCCCUCGACCCCCCAUCAUUCGACGACGACGAGCCAGCUCUGGUGGUGGAGGAUCUCAAAGACGCGAUCGGAAGAAGAGGACCCGAUAGCCUUGGCUCCAAAAAGGUUUUCCUUACAUUAAAAAGUGCACAAUCUUCUCGUAAACACGAUGAAGGCCGCGUGGAGGAGGAUUUGGAUGUAUCUAUUGAGGCAGAUGCAAAUGAAAACCUCUGUUCUAGAUUUGAAGGUGUUAAAGUACGUGAUCAUAGUAAUAGCCAAUCAUAUGGGGAACUUUAUUUCUUAGGCGCAACACUGCAGCUGAGGGGUGUAAGUCACAUUAUUCAGCCAUUGGUGGAUUCAUCUGGAAAUAUUCUCCUCUUUAAUGGUGAAAUAUUUGGUGGAAUUCAUGUUAGUGAUGAUAGAAAUGAUGCUGAAACUCUUUUGCAUGUAUUGGAAAGACAUUGCUGCUGCAAUGACAAUGGAAAAGAAAAAGUUUGUUCAUGCAGUGAGGCCAAGGUGCAACACAUUUCUGAGACUAUUUCGAUGAUCAAGGGCCCUUGGGCCUUGGUAUAUUGGCAGAGAAAAUCAAGAACCUUGUGGUUUGGGCGAGAUGUAUUCGGAAGGCGAAGCCUCCUUGUUCACUGGCCUACUUUGGGUGACCCAAGACUUCUUCUAUCUUCUGUAUCACCAGCUUCAGCUAUAAGGAAGGCUUCUUGCACCCAAACCAGUCUAGAUACUGAAGCUGAACAUUCAACUACUAUAGGUUCUUACUGGGAAGAACUUCCUUGUGGGAUAUACAGUAUUCAUUUUAAGGCUUUUGAGACAAGUGUGAAUCUUGAGAAAAAUCUUGCUGGCGAGGUUAGAAAGCACAACUGGAUUGAUACUUCAUUAAAUAAGCUAGUCAAAUGGGAAAGAACAUCCAUAGAUCCAAAGAUGGAAUUGUUUUCCUCCAAACAUCAUCAAGGUCAACCAGAGCAACUUGCUUUGCCUUCAGCCUUUCUCAAAGGAAUGAAUCAUGCACGAGCAAGUUCAGAUAUUCAUAACCACAUGCCAGGUGAUGUUCAGCCAGCAGAAAAAGUACUCAGUGCACUAAGAAAAUCUGUGAGGCGACGGACUGUAAACAGAUUCAUUCAGGCAACUUGUCAGAAAGACAAAAUGGAUGAUCAUGCACCUAUUGCUGUUCUCUUCUCUGGUGGGCUGGAUUCCAUGAUACUUGCAGCAAUAUUGGAUCAAUGCCUUGAUCCUGGAUACACAAUUGAUUUGCUAAAUGUGAGUUUUGAUAGCCAGCUUGCUCCUGACAGAGUUUCUGCUAGGACAGGAUUGGCUGAACUUCAAAAAAUUGCUCCACAUAGAAGGUGGAGGCUGGUGGAGAUUGAUGCUAUUCUCUCUGAUUUGACAUGUGAAGCAAAGCAUUUAUUAUCAUUGAUACAUCCAGCAAAGACCUACAUGGAUCUUAAUAUUGGGAUGGCAUUAUGGUUGGCUGCUGGUGGUGAUGGCUGGGUGGAUGGGAGCCUUUGUAAUUUACAAAAUAACAACCAGAGAUAUCAAUAUAAGUCAUCUGCCCGGAUUCUUAUAGUUGGCUCUGGUGCUGAUGAGCAAUGUGCUGGGUAUGGCAGGCAUAGGACGAAGUAUAGGCUUGGAGGUUGGGUUGCACUUCAUGAAGAAAUGAGAUUAGAUGUGCAGAGAAUUUGGAAAAGGAAUAUGGGUAGGGAUGACAGAUGCAUUUCUGAUCGAGGAAAGGAGGCUAGAUUCCCAUUUCUCGACGAGGAUGUUAUUAGAACUCUACUGGAGCUCCCUCUGUGGGAUAUUGCUGACCUUGAUAGACCUGUUGGGAUAGGUGACAAGAAGAUCCUCAGAGAGGUUUCUCGGUUGCUUGGAUUAGAGCAAGCUGCUGCAAUGCCAAAGAGGGCCAUCCAGUUUGGUUCGAGAAUUGCAAGAGAAUCUAAUCGAAAAAACUUCGGAAGCAACCGGGCAGCAAACCAAGCUUCUGCUGGCAGUGUUGACAUCCAUCAAUUGAUAAACUAACACUAAGUUGGAGCUUUGUUAUCUCCAUCUGAGCACCGUUUGAUUCUGCAUCUAAUUAUCUCUCAAAGUUUCAGACGUUGCAAGUUCAUCUCAUAUUGAACUCUUUACAAUUUGAUUCAAGAAAAACUUUGGAAGCAGCCGGGCAGCAACCCAUGCUUCUGCUCGAACUGUUACAAGAUCCAUCACUUUGUAGCUUCAGCUGAGCCCCAAUUUGUAUUGCAUCUAGUUAUCCUUUGGAGUUUUAGACACUCACUGCCAUAUCAUCAUGUGUUGAACUCUUUACAGUUUGCUUUGAGAAUCACAAGAUAAUCAAAUAGAAGAAAA